ACUCACUAAUGCGGAGGAGGUGGGGUUGACAGAUGGCAAUCUUCGGCGUUCAAGGGUAGGCUCCGCUAACCUAAUAGAGCAACAGCGUUCGUGCAUCGUAUACGGGGAACUCUUGAGACCAUCCGCCUCCCAGAGCUUUGCGAGUACAUCCUUGCCCCUCAAGAAGAAAGAAAUGGCUUGUGCCGAGUAUUCUCUUCACGUGCCAAGUCUUGAGGAGCUUGCUGGAGUUCUGCAGAAGGGACUCGGGGAGAACUUUGCUGACGUCCAGGUGUCCGUGGUCGAUUGCCCUGAUUUGACUGAGGAGCCAUUUGCCUUUCCCGUAAAAGGCAUCUGUGGGAAAACUAGAAUUGCAGAAGUAGGAGGUGUGCCUUACUUACUGCCUCUUGUAAAUAAAAAAAAGGUUUAUGACAUAAAUAAGAUUGCAAAAGAAAUUAAGCUUCCUGGAGCUUUUAUUCUUGGAGCAGGAGCAGGCCCAUUUCAGACUCUUGGGUUCAAUUCUGAGUUUAUGCCAGUUAUUCAAACAGAAAGUGAACACAAAUCCCCGGUGAAUGGAAGUUACUUCGCCCGUGUUAAUCCUGCAGAUGGAGGGUGUCUGCUCGAGAGAUACAGUGAGAAAUACCACGACUUUGGGUGUGCCUUACUGGCUAAUCUUUUUGCCAGUGAGGGCCAACCUGGAAAGCCCGCAGAAUUUUCUUCCUGCCCAUUGAACUCUGAUGAGGACGUGAAUAAAUGGUUGAACUUUUAUGAGAUGAAAGCUCCUUUGGUUUGUCUGCCAGUUUUUGUCUCCAGAGACCCAGGCUUUGAUUUGCGAUUGGAGCACACCCAUUGUUUCAGUCAUCACGGAGAAGGUGGACACUACCAUUAUGACACUACCCCAGACACAGUGGAAUAUCUCGGAUACUUCUUGCCUGCAGAGUUUCUGUAUCGCAUUGAUCAACCAAAAGAGACCCAUUCAAUUGGGCGAGAUUAAGUCAAAGGAAAAAGAGUUAAGGUUAAUUAAUUAGCUCAUUAAUUGAUACUAAUAUAAAAUCCAAUGGAAAUGA